CUGGCGCAGCUGGACGCGCACGCCCCGGUGCGUGCAGCUUCCCGAGCUCGGCCAGAGAGAAGAGGGAGCCAGGGCGCGGCCUGGGGGACGCCAGUGGACUGGAGCCGCGGAGCUUCGAGCGAAAAACUUUGCAGGCGCCGCGGCCGGGAUUCGGUUACGGCUCCAGCCCACCCCAGCAGGUGCGGGAGGAAGAGGCGGCGCCGGAGUCCCGAGGCCAGAAAGCCUCGGCGGCGGCGGCCGCUUCUUUCCCCCGAGCUGGCCUGAAGUCGCUGGGCACUCCCGGUUUCUGCUGCUGCGCCCGCCGCCGCCGCCGCCACCACCGCCAGCGCCGCGGGGACCCGGGAGGAGGUGCAGCCCAAGAGGGAGGAGAAGCAGGAGGAGGAGGAGGAGGGGAGAGGAGGAGCAGGGGGUGGAGGAUGGAGCCCCGGGCUGCCGCGGCGGGCGAGCCAGAGCCGCCGGCGGCGUCCUCCUCCUUCCAGGCCCGGCUCUGGAAGAACCUGCAGCUGGGGGUGGGCAGGAGCAAGGGCGGCGGGGGCGGGCGCGCUGGGGGUCCAGAGCGCCGCACUGCGGACACCCCGUCGCCCUCCCCGCCACCCCCGGUGGGAACAGGGAAUGCACCGGCCAGGGGGAGUGGUGCAGGCAGCAGGUGGAGCGGCUUCAAGAAGCGGAAGCAAGUGCUGGACCGAGUCUUCUCCUCCUCGCAGCCCAACCUGUGCUGCUCCUCGCCGGAGCCCCUAGAGCCCGGCGGCGCCGGCAGAGCCGAGCAGGGGUCCACGCUACGCCGCCGGAUCCGCGAGCAUUUGCUCCCCGUCGGAAAGGGGCCCGCGGCGGCCUCGGGAGCAGCGGGAGGGACGCCUCCUGGCGGACGCUCCCCCGACUCAGCUCCUUCCUCUUCCUCCGCCUCAUCCUCCCUGUCCUCCUCGCCCCAGCCUCCCCCGAGGGGGGACCGCGCCCGAGAUGAGGGUGCACGGCGUCAGGGCCCCGGGGCGCACUUGUGCCACCAGAAGAGCUCCUCUCUGCCGGGCACCGCCUGCCUGGAGCAGCUGCUGGAGCCGCCGCCUCCUCCCGCAGAGCCGGCGCGGAGUCCCGCGGAGUCUCGGGCCCCGGAGACGGGCGAGGAGCACGGCAGCAGCCAGAAAAUAAUAAACACUGCUGGAACCAGUAAUGCAGAAGUCCCCUUGGCUGAUCCCGGAAUGUACCAGCUGGACAUUACAUUAAGAAGGGGUCAAAGUUUAGCUGCUCGAGAUCGAGGAGGGACGAGUGAUCCAUAUGUGAAGUUUAAAAUCGGAGGAAAAGAAGUUUUUAGAAGUAAGAUAAUACACAAGAACCUCAACCCUGUGUGGGAAGAAAAAGCUUGUAUUCUGGUUGAUCAUCUUAGGGAGCCAUUGUAUAUAAAGGUAUUUGACUAUGAUUUUGGACUACAGGAUGACUUUAUGGGCUCAGCCUUUCUGGAUCUGACACAAUUGGAGUUAAACAGGCCCACAGAUGUGACCCUUACUCUGAAAGAUCCUCAUUAUCCUGACCAUGAUCUUGGAAUCAUUUUGCUCUCAGUCAUCCUUACCCCUAAAGAAGGAGAGUCCAGGGAUGUGACAAUGCUAAUGAGGAAGAGUUGGAAAAGAUCAAGUAAGGAACUUUCAGAAAAUGAAGUGGUUGGAUCUUAUUUCUCUGUGAAGUCUCUCUUUUGGAGGACGUGCGGCAGGCCAGCUGUCCUGGGCUUCUGCAGAGCAGAGCUUCAGAAUCCUUAUUGCAAAAAUGUACAAUUUCAGACCCAAAGUUUACGCCUAUCAGACCUACACAGAAAAUCGCAUCUUUGGAGAGGAAUAGUCAGCAUCACCUUGAUCGAAGGGAGAGACCUCAAGGCCAUGGAUUCCAACGGGUUGAGCGAUCCCUACGUGAAGUUCCGGCUUGGGCAUCAGAAGUACAAGAGCAAGAUUAUGCCAAAAACAUUGAAUCCUCAGUGGAGGGAACAAUUUGAUUUUCACCUUUAUGAAGAAAGAGGAGGAAUCAUUGAUAUCACUGCAUGGGACAAAGAUGCUGGGAAAAGGGAUGAUUUCAUUGGCAGGUGCCAGGUCGACCUGUCAGCCCUCAGUAGGGAACAGACGCACAAGCUGGAGUUGCAGCUGGAAGAGGGUGAGGGACACCUGGUGCUGCUGGUCACUCUGACAGCAUCAGCCACAGUCAGCAUCUCUGACCUGUCUGUCAACUCCCUGGAGGACCAGAAGGAACGAGAGGAGAUAUUAAAGAGAUAUAGCCCAUUGAGGAUAUUUCACAACCUGAAAGAUGUGGGAUUUCUCCAGGUGAAAGUCAUCAGAGCGGAAGGGUUAAUGGCUGCUGACGUCACUGGAAAAAGUGACCCAUUUUGUGUGGUAGAACUGAACAACGAUAGACUGCUAACACAUACUGUCUACAAAAAUCUCAAUCCUGAGUGGAAUAAAGUCUUCACGUUCAACAUUAAAGAUAUCCAUUCAGUUCUUGAAGUGACAGUUUAUGAUGAAGAUCGGGAUCGAAGUGCUGACUUUCUGGGCAAAGUUGCUAUACCAUUGCUGUCUAUUCAAAAUGGUGAACAGAAAGCCUACGUCUUGAAAAACAAGCAGCUGACAGGGCCAACAAAGGGGGUCAUCUAUCUUGAAAUAGAUGUGAUUUUUAAUGCUGUGAAAGCCAGCUUACGAACAUUAAUACCCAAAGAACAGAAGUACAUUGAAGAGGAAAACAGACUCUCUAAACAGCUGCUACUAAGAAACUUUAUCAGAAUGAAACGUUGUGUCAUGGUGCUGGUAAAUGCUGCAUACUACAUUAAUAGUUGCUUUGAUUGGGAUUCACCCCCAAGGAGUCUCGCUGCUUUUGUGCUCUUUCUCUUUGUUGUCUGGAACUUUGAGCUCUACAUGAUACCACUGGUUUUGUUGUUACUAUUGACAUGGAACUACUUCUUGAUAAUAUCAGGGAAAGAUAACAGGCAACGUGAUACAGUAGUGGAGGACAUGCUAGAGGACGAGGAAGAAGAAGAUGACAAAGAUGACAAGGACAGUGAAAAAAAGGGAUUUAUAAAUAAAAUCUAUGCCAUCCAGGAGGUAUGUGUCAGUGUCCAGAACAUCCUAGAUGAAGUGGCUUCCUUUGGCGAAAGGAUAAAGAAUACUUUCAACUGGACUGUCCCAUUCUUAAGCUGGCUGGCCAUUGUAGCCCUCUGUGUGUUCACAGCCAUCCUGUACUGCAUUCCGCUGAGAUACAUUGUCCUUGUCUGGGGCAUCAAUAAAUUUACAAAAAAGCUUCGGAGUCCAUAUGCAAUUGAUAACAAUGAACUACUUGACUUCCUUUCCAGAGUCCCUUCAGAUGUACAAGUGGUGCAAUACCAAGAACUGAAACCAGAUCCUUCUCAUAGCCCAUAUAAAAGAAAGAAAAACAAUCUUGGCUAGCCAGCUCCCAGCACUGAGGAGACCAGCAUCUGUUUGGGAAGAUAAAAGAAAAAGCCCUCAGCCUCAGCAGCAUUUCCUUUCUUUCUGCUUUUUAUUUAUUUUGCCUUUUUAUCAUGAUUGAGAGAAUUUGUAAAUAGUGUACAAAGGCAUAUGUCUUUGAAUAUAUACUUCUAUUGUACAGACUCAACUUGAUAAAGGUUUUGCUACUGCUGUGUCAAAACCUUGUUAGCUGUGGAUAAUAAUAUAACACACUGAAAGAACAAAUAUAAGAAUGAUAACACUGGAAGAUAUAUUCUUAUCUAAUUACAAGUGGAUUAAAUACUCACCUGUGCUCUGAUUAAAUCUACAUCAAUUGUAAAUGUCGAUUUGAUUUUAAAGUUUUUUUUUAAUGUGACUAUUUUUUAUCUGAAAAGUAAUCCAUUACAGUUUUCUAUGUUUUAUACAUUUCAAAAGGGAGGGAAAUUCCAAAGCCUGAAUAAUGGAAUGGAUACAUUUCAAUUUAACAUAUAUUCUGGCUUUAGAUCCCGACAUUCACUCCUGUGCAAAUUACUUAGGUAUGACUUACUUAGGCUAAUUUUAAGCUAAUAAGUGAAGGUACAUUCACUCCCUCAAGAGAAUCAAUACUCAGAAGGUUACAAAGUUUUCUUUAUAGAAUUUCAAUCAUUCCAUCUAAAACCUUAAAAUCUCUACAGGACUACAUAACAUAAAUACUGCCAGUUUAUAAACGAUUGCCUAUCUGAAUUUUUAUACCUACCACUACUUUAAUUUAUACAGAGUUAGUUAGCAAAUUAGCAACCCAGUAAGUACAGUUAUCAAAAAUACUAGGAAACUAUAUCCAUAUCGCUUUUGGUGUCAGAUUGUAUCUGUGCAUCUAAAAAUAUUUUAAUACUCAAGUACUCUCAGAGAAAAAAAAAAAAACCUGCUUUCUCAUUAGAUUACUGAAAUGCUUUAAUUCAUACUAUGAUUUUGUUAUUAGUGUGAAUUUUAAUGUAGAGAAUUCAGUGUGCUAAGUGAUAUGCCAGUGUUUCACUACAUUCAUUUAUUUAAAAAAAUCAUUCUUGAUUAUGCAUGAAAACCUGUUUUGUAAAAUAAACUGCUUGGGGGUGGUGGUUGCCUUUAUCAAUGUUUCACUAUUAUCAUAGAAUCUAUACUUAAAAAUUGCAUUCCCAAGACUCUUAAAGUAGUUUUUGUAUCUCACUCCCUGGUAUACUAAGGGAGCAUAACUCUGGAGAAAAAAUAAUUUGGUUGGUUGAGAAUGUCUUACUUCCCUGACUUGGUAGCGGACUACACUCAGUUGAAAUUGCAGCAGACAAUGCUUUGCACUACUUUAUUAAUAAUAAACUUGGAUGGGGUAAAAGUGGGGGUUAUACUGGAAAAACUAUAGAAAAGCUAAAAGAAAUGUAUAUUUCACUCUAAAGGAAGAUUCUUUAACAAUAAAUGUAAUCUCAUUGAAGCUGAUUUUUAAAGUAUUUUUAUUUUAGAGAUAAGUUGUUAAAUACUAUUUCUUAUAAUAGAACUAUUUUGAUCUGUUUAUAUACUAUGCUUGAAUGUCAAUUAAAUUCCCUUUCUACAGAAAGGCUUUGACCUCAAUAUGCUUUAUUUAAUGUAUCAUGUUUAAAAUGACAUGCUUCUGUCUGCAUACCAUCACUGUUUGUUGCUAAAAACAUAAUGUUCCAUGAACAUGAUGUUACUACAGAAAGUUUAUUGAUGAGAUAACUGUUUGAAAUAACUUUCAAUUAUACCUUAUGUGAGACUUUUAUGUUCUGUGCUGACAAUGUGUACUCAAAUGUCUAUAAGCCUGAUAUUCUACAACCUCAGAUGUAUCUAGUGGAUAGUAACCAUUAACAGAUGACUAAUUUGUUUCACUGUAUCAAAUUUCAGAUGUUUAGUUCAAUGGUAAUGCUGACUACACAUUCAUUGCAUUAAAUACAAAAGAAAAUAAUCUUUCCCACGUAUAAUCAGCACUCCUUUUUUUUUUUUUUUGGUGGUUCAGAGAUUGAUGAGGGAUUGUGUGCAUAUUCUUAAAAAUUAUAUGUCACUUGGAGAAAAACAGAUUUGGUUUAAACAAACAAGACUUUUUUCCUGAAACUCUGACUCUUAUAUGAAAAUACCUCUGGAGGGGUGAGCAACCAAUGAAAUUAACAGAGGAAUAAGAACUAGCUUGAGGCACAAAAGUGAUAUUCAGGGAAAUCUUCAUUGCUUUUAGAAACUACUACAUUCACAGGCUGAAAACAGAAUAUGUAUAGUCAAAAUUUUAACUAUUUCUUUCCCCUUCUCACAUAGGUGCAAUUCUGUCUUGAGAGCUGCCUGACUUGCCUUCAUUUUGAGAUCUGUGAUGUAAAUAUUUCUUAAGAGACUGAAUGUCACUCAAACAUCUACUUGGACUGCUAACUAUUAUAGAUAUUGUGAACUACUAAAUAUAUUCCUUUAGUAUCUUUUAGUGAGUAAAUUCACUGAGUCAUUAUUUAUAUUCAUAAACUAUUACUGACAUUUGUUGUGAUAAUUCAUAAGAAAUGCGUAUUUGUGCUUUUAAAUUUUUCCCCACUUAUCAAAAAGAACAUAAUAGUACUUCUCAUUCAUUCUGGUACUGUUCCAGACUCAAACUGAUUGAUUGAUAGGUUCUAUAGGAAUUCCAAUUUUUGAACAUUCUAUAUGCACUAGGAUAAUCUGAGUUGGGAGAUUCUUAAAAGGACUCUGUGAUAUAUUUAUCGAAUACCAACUGUAUGACCCUGUUAUAGACAACGGUCAAACCAAUGAUUGUAUACUAAAAUCAAAUCUGGAGUUGAAGUACAGUGAGAGCCAAAUUUAAUUGAUACAUUUCUAAAAUUAUCUUUUAUAAAAUUUUUAUUCUGCAUUUAAAAGUGAAGAAAAACUCAGAAGUAAAUUCUUAUCUAGGGACCACAGGAGCUUUUUUUCCACUUUGAUCUCAUAUCUAAGGUCUCCUAUGCUCAAAGUAGUCUACAUUUGUAUUAAUGUUAUUCAAAGGCAGUAAUUUCAGCGAAUAAACUUGUUAAAUGGGCCUAAAUGUUUAUAAUGUUGACUAAGCAUUAAGAACAAACAAAAAGGUAUAAGGCAGUUAUACCUUUUUGCUCCGGAAAUACAAGUAAAGACAGCUACCAUUAUACUUCUUGAAAAACGUCUCAGGUAUUGCUAAAUUAAUACUUGCUUAAAUUCUUGGGCUUUAAAUGAAUAGCAUGAUUUCACACUCUAGUGUGAGUGUGUGUUCAGAUGUCUAUUCGUUGGUUUGAUUAGGGUAUCUAGAAUCAGCCUCUUCUAAUUGCUCAGUAAAGUAUGAAUUAAAACCACAUAGAAAAUAAUGUGGUAAAUUCUUUCUUACAAUAGUGUCAUUCCUUUCAAUUAUAAUUCUUUUUCCUGGGAUGAUUGGUGUAACUCAAUGAAAGAAAACAAAACAUUUUUUUUUCUUUUUUUUUUUGGUGAAAAUGUUACCCUCUGGUACCUCAGUUUCUGGUACCUCAGUUUCUUUUAUAUAGUGGCAAUUUGAAUAGAGGCAGUCACAUAAGAUUUACUUCAGCUGAAUGGCUAAAAUUUGAGAAAUACUAUUGAAAAAUCUCAUUAAAAAAUAGUAUGCAAAUAAAAACUAUCAAAUGUCCAAAGCAAUCAUACAAUGUAGAAACUAAGAGCAUCAUGAAAGGUUUCCUGGAACUUAAUGAUUCUAUCUGUGCUUUUCAAAGGAGGGAUCUGGGUUAAGAAUCAAAAAAUAAAAACGAUCAAAUAUUGUAACUGA